UGAAAGGAGAAAAAAGGGAGGAAAAUCCACUCCACCGAGCUUCCUAAGCAUUCAUUUCCGUUCUCUCUCUGAUCACUCCAGUCAGUGGAACAUUGGCGAUGUCGCUGGCGGGGGUGUUCGCCGGAAUAUUCCUUCUCGCAGCACUGUACUGCGGGCUCGACCCUCUCCAUCAUAGCGCUCUGCACGGCUUCCCGGACUUCGAGGCUGUCAAGGUGGACUUGCCGCCCUGGUCCGAGGUGCCUUCCGACAGGGACGCCCUCAAUCUCCUGCAGAGGUCGGAAAUCAAGUUCCUGAACCAAAUUCAGGGCCCUGAGAGCAUCGCCUUCGACCCGCUCGGCCGCGGUCCCUAUACUGGCGUCGCCGACGGCCGGAUUCUCUUCUGGGACGGCCAUUCCUGGACCGAUUUCGCCUACACUUCUAACAACAGGUCAGAGCUAUGUGGCCCGAAGACAUCGCCUUUCGGUUACCUGAAGCACGAGCACAUAUGCGGGAGGCCCCUCGGUCUUCGAUUCGACAAGAAAUCCGGUGACUUGUACAUUGCGGAUGCCUACUUUGGGCUGAUGAAGGUCGGCCCAGGAGGAGGCCUCGCGACAUCGCUGGCGACUGAAGCCGAAGGAGUUCCAUUCGGAUUCACUAAUGACCUGGACAUUGAUGAUGAUGGGAAUGUUUAUUUCACUGAUAGCAGCACCAAGUACCAGAGGAGGAACUUCCUGCACUUGGUUUUCUCUGGAGAUGACAGUGGAAGGUUAUUGAAGUACAGUCCGAUCACGCGGGAGACAACCGUCCUCUCAAGAAAUCUCCAGUUCCCGAACGGUGUAUCAUUAAGCAAGGAUGGCUCCUUCUUUGUCUUCUGCGAGGGUACAAUUAAUCGACUCAGAAAGCAUUGGUUGAAAGGCGAGAAGGCCGGGACAUCCGAAACUUUUGCCAACCUUCCUGGGUUCCCCGACAACAUAAGGACCAACGAGGAUGGUGAGUUCUGGGUGGCAAUCCACGCCCGCCGAUCUUCCAUCAGUUACCUUUGUGCUAUCUACCCAAGGGUCCGGAUGUUCAUACUAAGGCUUCCCAUUCCCGCAAAAAUCCAGUACCUCCUCCACAUCGGAGGUAGGCUCCAUGGCAUGAUCACAAAGUUCAGCCCCGAAGGAAAGCUCUUGCAGGUAUUGGAGGAUAGUCGAGGGAAGGUCGUUAAAACGGUUAGUGAAGUCGAAGAGAGGGAUGGCCAGCUGUGGAUGGGCAGUGUUCUCAUGCCUUUCAUAGCUGUUUAUGACUUGAGCUUAGGUUGUUCUCUGAUUGUCUGCGUUGAAGAUCCAGAAUGAGGUACAGGAGUGAGAAAUGCUGUAGACGAAUUCCGGGAACUCGAUAAUUUGUUGAAUAUCAGCUACAGCUUGAACAAAACCAGAAAGUAUUCAAUUAGAGUCUAUCGUAAUUAUCAUUGCUUCCAGAUCAAAA